AUGGCGGCCGCCAUGGACGAGGGCCUCGACGAGAUCAAGCAUGAGUCCAUCGAUCUGGAGAACAUCCCGGUGGAGGAGGUCUUCGUCAAACUCAAGUGCAGCAGCAAAGGCCUCGCUACAUCGGAUGCCCAGGCACGCAUCGCCAUGUUUGGCCCCAACAAAUUGGAAGAAAAGAAGGAGAGCAAGGUGCUCAAGUUCCUAGGGUUCAUGUGGAACCCGCUGUCGUGGGUGAUGGAGUGUGCCGCACUCAUCGCCAUCGUGCUCGCCAAUGGCGACCACAGGCCACCGGACUGGCAAGAUUUCGUCGGCAUCGUCGUGCUCCUCUUCCUCAACUCCACCAUCUCGUUCUUAGAAGAGAACAACGCCGGGAGCGCUGCCAAGGAGCUCAUGGCCAACCUCGCGCCCAGGACAAAGGUGCUCCGCGACGGCCGCUGGAGCGACGAGGACGCGGCGAUCCUCGUCCCCGGGGACAUCAUAAGCAUCAAGCUCGGCGACAUCGUCCCCGCCGACGCGCGCCUGCUCCAGGGAGAUCCGCUCAAGAUCGACCAGUCGGCUCUCACCGGCGAGUGCCUCCCGGUCACGAAGAACCCCGGCAGCAGCGUCUACUCGGGCUCCACGUGCAAACAGGGCGAGAUCGAGGCCGUCGUCAUCGCCACGGGCGUGCACACGUUCUUCGGCAAGGCAGCGCACCUAGUCGACAGCACCAACCAGGUCGGCCACUUCCAGAAGGUGCUCGAGUCCAUCGGCAACUUCUGCAUCGCCUCCAUCGCCGUCGGCAUCAUCAUCGAGGUCCUCGUCAUGUACCCAGUCCAGCACCGCCGGUACCGCGAUGGCAUCGACAACCUCCUCGUACUUCUUAUCGGCGGCAUCCCCAUCGCCAUGCCCACCGUGCUUUCGGUCACGAUGGCCAUCGGCUCGCACCGCCUGUCCAAGCAGGGCGCCAUCACCAAGCGCAUGACAGCCAUCGAAGAGAUGGCCGGCAUGGACGUGCUCUGCAGCGACAAGACCGGCACGCUCACCCUCAACAAGCUCAGCGUCGACCGCAGCCUUGUCGAGAUCUUUGCCCCGGGCGUUGAGAAGGACGAUGUCGUCUUGUUCGCCGCCAGGGCAUCCAGGGUGGAGAACCAGGACGCCAUCGACGCCGCCAUGGUCGGCAUGCUGAGUGAUCCCAAGGAGGCCAGGGACGGCAUCGAGGAGGUUCACUUCCUCCCCUUCAACCCCGUCGACAAGCGCACGGCCCUCACCUACAUUGACCUCGCCGACGGCAGCUGGCACCGUGUCAGCAAGGGCGCUCCCGAGCAGAUCUUGGACCUCUGCAACUGUGGAAACAACGUCAGGAACCUGGUUCACACUGUGAUCGACAAGUACGCCGAGCGUGGCCUUCGAUCUCUUGCAGUUGCAAGACAGGUAGUCCCGGAGAAGAGCAAAGAAAGCCCUGGAGAGCCUUGGGAGUUCGUCGGACUGCUCCCUCUGCUUGACCCACCCCGAUCAGACAGCGCUGACACCAUCACGCGUGCUCUCAACCUCGGCGUCAACGUGAAGAUGAUCACUGGUGAUCAGCUUGCCAUUGCCAAGGAGACCGGGAGACGGCUAGGGAUGGGCACUAACAUGUACCCGUCGUCAGCUCUGCUUGGGCAGAACAAAGAUGAGGCCACUGCUUCAAUCCCAGUGGAGGAAUUGAUCGAGAAGGCUGACGGCUUUGCCGGUGUCUUCCCAGAGCACAAGUAUGAGAUCGUUAAGAAGCUGCAGGAGAUGAAACACAUCUGUGGAAUGACUGGAGAUGGCGUGAACGACGCACCUGCGUUGAAGAAGGCGGAUAUCGGAAUUGCCGUGGCUGGUGCUACUGAUGCAGCAAGGAGUGCCUCUGACAUUGUGCUUACUCUAGAAGGACUCAGUGUCAUCAUCAGCGCCGUGCUUACAAGCCGUGCCAUCUUCCAGAGGAUGAAGAAUUACACUAUAUAUGCAGUGUCGAUUACAAUUCGUAUUGUGCUUGGAUUCAUGCUGAUUGCGCUUAUCUGGAAAUUUGAUUUCUCACCUUUCAUGAUUCUGGUCAUUGCCAUUCUGAACGAUGGCACAAUCAUGACUAUCGCAAAGGACAGGGUAAAACCUUCCCCACACCCUGAUAGCUGGAAGCUGAAUGAGAUAUUUGCCACCGGCAUUGUGUACGGAACCUACAUGGCCGUCAUGACUGUCAUCUUCUUCUGGGCCAUGAAGAGUACUGACUUCUUCUCGAACACGUUCCGCGUGAGAUCGCUGAGGGGCAGCGACGAGGAGAUGAUGUCGGCCCUGUACCUGCAAGUGAGCAUCAUCAGCCAGGCCCUCAUCUUCGUGACGCGGUCGCGCAGCUGGUGCUUCGUCGACCGCCCCGGCUACAUGCUGUGCGCGGCCUUCGUCAUCGCGCAGAUUGUCGCCACCCUCAUUGCCGUGUACGCCAGCUUCGGGUUCGCCAAGAUCCAGGCCAUCGGGUGGGGUUGGGCCGGGGUGAUCUGGCUCUACAGCCUCGUCACCUUCGUGCCCCUCGACCUGUUCAAGUUCGCCAUCCGCUACGUGCUCAGCGGCAGGGCCUGGGACAACGUCCAGAACAAGACGGCCUUCACCACGAAGAAGGACUACGGCCGGGAGGAGCGCGAGGCGCAGUGGGCGACGACGCAGCGCAGCCUGCACGGCCUGCCGGCGCCCGAGUCGGAGCAGCCCGGCAGGAGCAGCAGCAGCUACGCGGAGCUCUCGGAGAUCGCCGAGCAGGCCAGGCGGCGAGCGGAGGUGGCCAGGUUCCGCGAGACGAGCACGCUGAGGGGCCACCUCGAGUCGUCGGCGAAGCUCAGGGGCAUCGACAUCUCGGCGGUCAAGUCGCCGUACUACACCAUGUAA